AUGGAGAGAGUUACUAAGGUUUUGCUGAUCUUCACACUCUUUCUUGUAGUCUUCUCAGCUGAAGGAGGGAGGACCAUCGAGAAUAAGGAGAAGGUUGACCAGCCUCAGACCUUCUUUGGUGGCUUUCCAAGCCCUGGGCUCAGUGGAUCAUCAUUCCCAAGCCCUGGGCUCAGCGGAUUUCCGAGCCCAGGGCUCAGUGGGUCCUUUCCGAGCCCUGGGCUCAGCGGAUCCUUCCCGAGCUUCAGCCCACCGGGAAGCUUUUGCUCGAUCCCCGGUCUCUGUGUCCCGACCCAGCCCACGGUCCCUACUGUUGGGGGUGACUCACCGUGA